AUGAACGUCUCUGGUCUCAGGGUCGCAUUCUUUCCCUGCCUUUCGGUGCAGCUGGUCAUAAAAGCCGCCAUCAAGGCCAAGAUGAACCCCUUACCUGCCCAAUCCAAGGGUGGUUCGUAUCUCGUCCUUACCUCCGACGACAUUCAAGUGCAAGAUUUCUGUGUGACAGCAUACGGAUUCCACUAUUUUACAUUUCCAUCCAUCGUGGGGUACACCUUGCCUUACUCAUGGGUGGGAAAUUCGGAAAGGAUGUGCCCGAGCUUAUGCGCAUAUCCGUUUGCUAUUCUGGAUUACGUGCGUGGAGCUGUGAAACCCUUGAAAUCUCCCAACGGUGAGGUAGGUGUUGACGCGAUGAUAAGUGUUAUCGUUCAUGAGAUGGCGGAGAUGGCUACGGAUCCAUCGGUCAAUGUGUGGUAUGCGAGUAGUGAUCCUGCUGAUCCGGUGGAGAUAGCGGACCUCUGUAUUGGAAAAUACGGGGGAGGUGGUGUGUUGGGAUACAUAGGGGAAGUGCGACAGGAUGCCAAUGGUGUGGUCUUUAAUGUGUAUGGGAUCCGAAGACGGUUUCUCAUACAAUGGGUCUGGAGCUAUGUGGCGGAUGACUGUGUUGGCCCCUAG